GUGUCCCGGGGGUGUGUCAGGCCUGCGGGGUGGGGUCCAAGUUCAUUAAAGAGGAGUAAACAACAUUGCUUUGGGGGUGCUUCUGACGAAGGGGCACCAUGGCGAGACGCGCGUUGAUGGAGCAGGAUCUGAGCAAGCUAGAUGUAGAAAAGCUCCACCCUUUGUCGCCUGAAGUCAUCAGCCGGCAAGCCACGAUCAACAUUGGCACGAUUGGACACGUGGCGCAUGGGAAAUCCACGGUUGUGAAGGCUAUCUCAGGUGUGCAGACGGUGCGCUUUAAGAAUGAGCUGGAACGCAACAUUACUAUCAAGCUCGGAUAUGCCAAUGCGAAAAUUUACAAGUGUGAGGAUGAUAGGUGCCCUAGGCCUGCCUGUUACAAAGCCUACGGAAGUGCGAAGGAGGACAACCCACCAUGUGACGUUCCCGGCUUUGAAAACAAAAGGAUGAAGCUGCUUAGGCAUGUGUCUUUUGUCGACUGUCCGGGCCACGAUAUUCUCAUGGCCACCAUGCUCAAUGGUGCGGCGAUCAUGGACGGAGCCCUGCUGCUCAUUGCAGGGAAUGAGAGCUGUCCGCAGCCGCAGACGUCAGAACAUCUGGCCGCUGUCGAAAUCAUGCGAUUGAAGCACAUCAUCAUUCUCCAGAACAAAGUCGACCUCAUUCAGGAGAGCGUCGCCCUCAACCAACACGAUUCCAUCAAGAGUUUCAUCCAAGGAACUAUUGCGGAAUCGGCUCCUGUGGUCCCGAUCUCAGCGCAGCUCAAGUACAACAUUGACGUUGUCUGCGAGUACAUCACCAAUAAGGUUCCUGUGCCUGUGAGAGACUUCGUGUCGCCGCCGAAUAUGAUCGUAAUUCGGUCCUUUGAUGUCAACAAACCUGGUGCAGAGGUUGAUGAUAUCAAGGGAGGGGUUGCCGGGGGGAGCAUCCUGCGAGGAGUGUUGAGGUUGGGUCAGGACGUAGAGGUCCGGCCCGGGAUUGUGUCCAAGGACGCAGAGGGGAGGAUAAAGUGUUCGCCUAUCUACUCGCGCAUCAUAUCGCUCUUCGCGGAGCAGAACGAGCUGCAGUUUGCUGUGCCGGGAGGGCUGAUUGGGGUGGGGACGACGAUCGACCCAACGUUAACCCGUGCGGACAGACUGGUGGGGCAGGUUCUUGGCGAGGUCGGAAAACUGCCGGACGUGUUUAUUGAGCUGGAGGUGAACUUUUUCCUUCUCCGUCGUCUUCUCGGGGUGCGGACGAAGGGCUCGGAGAAGCAAGGAAAGGUGGCGAAGCUGGCCAAGUCCGAGAUUCUGAUGUUGAACAUUGGUUCUAUGUGCACAGGCGCACGUGUUGUCGCCGUGAGGAACGACCUGGCGAAAUUGCAGCUAACAUCGCCUGUCUGCACGAAGCAAGGAGAAAAGAUAGCUCUCAGCAGAAGGGUAGAGAAACAUUGGCGGUUGAUCGGAUGGGGUCAGAUUCAGGCUGGAGUUAGGCUCGAAGUUCCAAACACGUUUUCAAAGUAGGGUGCAGGAACAAUUGCUGGGGGGGGGGAGGAGGAUUUGCCUUUUUUAGCGAUCGUCUGGAGUUGCGUUUGAGUCUUUGAGAGGGAUAGAGAGGAAGUUCUAACUGUGCAUGGAUGUGGUUCACCAAUCCGUUUGCCGCGAUGUUCAAUUUUCAUCUUUCUAAUUUUUUUUUUCUUACAUUUUGUCGAAGAUAUGGUAGGGGACUCCUGUGCACCGCACUUGGUCAAACCGAAGUGUUGUGAUUAAUGCACCUUUGUUUUCACAUGCACGUGAAUAAAAGUAACCAUAGUCAAACUGAAGUGUUGCUAGCAAUGCGCCUUUGUUUUCACAUGCAUGUGAAGAGAAAUAACUAUACGCGGCAUAGCGCAAAAAGCUCAUCUGCUAUAUAGCUUAUAAGCAUGCUGUUGUAGAGGUAGAGCAUGUGCUGCAACUGUUGGGGGAGGAGAGGGGGUUAAUAACCCUCCUCGGACAUAAAGCCGGACUGUUCGGGGAGGAGAGGAAGGUAACCCUCCUUGGACAUAAAGCUGGCAGCUGCAGAACAGAAGGGGAAGGAGACGUAGUUCCAAAUUGAUUGGUAGUUCUUCGUGCUCCUGGCCUCUGCUUCCUCCUCAGCGAUGGAAAUUGAAGAAUAGAGAAUUGAGCUGGGGUGGAGUUGGAUGUGCGUAGAGAGGGUAUGCAACCGUAGAAGGGGCAUAUAGCUGAAACACUCUGCUCUUACAGUCUGUUUGUUUGUCAUCGUGGCAUUUGUCGGGGGGGGGGGAGGGAAGAGGGGCCGCGGCUGCGGGAAGUUGGAAAAAGGUCUGAAAGGGCAAGACAUUUUUGAACAUGUCGAUGGAGAAUCUACAUGCAUGGUCCCCCUUAUUCUAGCUCUACUUAUCCGAAGGAAAAAAAAACAAUAGCAUUCUUUGUAGUAGUAGUUCUUAUUUGUAGCCCCUAGUUGCCACUGUGAAGGACCGCUUCAGCAGUUCUGGGUGAAAUGCUUGGGUGUUUCGAACCCGUACUCUGUUUUGCUACCUGUC